UCCUUCAGAUCAUUCAUGGCAGACGGCGGCCUUGUGGUGCAUAAAAGGGGCACACGGGAGGAGCUGUGUAUCUCAUUCCAUCAUCUCCACUUUGAGGCAGGCAGACACCACCGACCAGUCAGCACAAUGACAUCCAUCAGCAGGUCUUUCUCUGGCCGCUCCUACGCAGGUGGAAACCUGGCUGGCGGUAUUCGUAAGGGGUAUGCUUUAAGUGUUCAUGGAGGUGCAGGAGGAAUCGGCUCAAAAAUCUCCACCAGCAGUUUUAGCCUAGGAGGUGCUGGCGGUUAUGGUUUUGGCAUGGGAGGUGGCGGAGGCGGAGGCUUCGGCGUGGCUGAGGGCCUGGAUCUCCAUGUUGGAGCCAAUGAGAAGGCCACUAUGCAGAACCUGAACGACCGCCUGGCCUCCUACUUGGACAAGGUGCGCACCCUUGAGAAGGCCAAUGCCGAACUUGAGCUGAAGAUCCGUCAGUUCUUGGAGAACAAGGCCUCCCCCCUUGCCCGUGACUACUCUGCUUAUCAGGCCACCAUCAACGACCUGCAGGGAAAGAUCCAGGAUGCCACACGAAUCAACGGAGGCAUCUAUCUUGCCAUUGACAACGCUAAACUGGCAGCAGAUGACUUCAAAACUAAGUAUGACAAUGAGAUGGCUAUGCGUCUAUCAGUGGAGUCAGAUAUUGCCGGCCUGAAGAGAAUGUUAGAUGAGUUGACACUGGUCCGCUCAGACCUGGAGAUGCAGAUUGAAGGCCUCAGGGAUGAGCUUAUCUACCUCAAAAAGAACCAUGAGGAAGAAAUGGCAGCCUUGAGGUUACAAAUGACUGGACAGAUCAACGUGGAGGUAGACGCCAAACCACAAGUCGACCUUUCCAGAAUCAUCAGCGAGAUCCGUGACCAGUAUGAGAGCGUGGCCGCAAAGAAUCAGCGAGAACUGGAUAGCUGGUUCCAGUCCAAUACCGAGGCACUGAACAAGGAAAUGGCUGUCAGCACAGAAACGCUCCAGACCUCCAGGUCAGAGAUCACUGAGAUCCGUCGCACUCUGCAGGGCUUGGAGAUUGAACUACAGUCUCAACUUUCCAUGAAAGCAGCCCUGGAAAACACAUUAGCUGAAACCGAAAACCGAUAUUGCAUGAUCCUCCAAAGUCUCCAAGCACAGGUGACGGCCAUUGAACAGCAACUGAUGCAACUGCGUGCUGAGAUUGAAAACCAGAACAGAGAAUACUGCGUACUCCUUGACAUUAAGACCAGACUUGAGAGGGAAAUCGCGGAGUACAGGAGACUGAUGGAUGGAGAGGGCAGCAUUGCCAAUACCAGGUCCACCACUCCCAUGGUAAUAAUGGUCACAGAAGAUUUGGUAGAUGGCAAGGUGGUGUCCUCAACAACAACCACCACAUAAACUGCCUCACACAGCAAACAGCAACACACAGGGGUGUGACACCUGAAGAACACCUUUUCAUCUCAAACAAAUGAAAUGAUUAAAUAAAAAGCUCCUUGUCUGCCAACUUA